UAAAACCAGUUGUGGUUCUUAAUGGUUUUGAGGUUAUAAAGGAAGCUCUGGUUACUAAAGGUAUAGACUUUGCUGGACGGCCACAGGACUUUAUGAUAAAUCAUAUAUCAGAGAAUAAAGAACGCAAUAAAUCCAUUCCUGAUAUUACAGCCCACCAGUCACGCAAUGUAAACAAACAAUGGCGGCGCGCUGAGUACACGGAGGCCUAGUUUUCCUCAUCUACUUUGUACUUCGUGAUCAACAAACAAAACAAAAUAAUACUUUAAUUGCAUUGCUAAACCUGUGAUGGUUUUCUGUGACGGGAAAGAAACGUAAGCCAUCAACAUCUAAUAAUUUCCGCGAGAGGCGCGGUUGCUUGUUCUCCAGACAGCAUCAAGCUUCUCAUGCUAAAACAUUGACCCCAGAGGAUCUUAUGAAAACGUUACAUUAUUUUACUCAAAGUCAACGAAAAUCGAGCGGGACCAAAACAUUUUACAGCUGAUCGCUGUGAAAAUGUAAAGAGACGACGUCAAGUAUAACCGCAGCAAUGACAGUGUUCUUAAUAUAACAAUUUUUAUUAAAGGUGUUGUUUUGGCCGACUAUGGCCCAACUUGGAAGGAACAUCGACGCUUUGCUCUCAUGACCCUGAGAAACUUUGGUCUGGGGAAGCAAACAAUGGAAGAGAGGAUUCUGGGAGAAAUCUCACAUAUAGUUGCAUGUUUGGAAAAAAAUGCAGGAGGAAUGGUAAAUCCUCAGACCAUGUUUCACAACGCCGCAUCAAAUGUUAUCAGUUUGGUUCUGUUUGGAUCCCGUUUCGAUUACACUGAUAAAUUUCUCACAAGCUACGUUCAGCUUAGUACAGAGAUUUCAAAGAUCAUCAAUGGACCAUGGAACCUGAUAUAUGACACAUUUCCUGUAUUGAAAUGCUUGCCUUUACCAUUUAAAAAAGCCUUUGAUAAUGCAUUGAAGAUUAAACAUAUGACUUUGAAACUGAUCGAAGAGCACAAGAAGACGAGAGUCCCAGGAGAGCCUAGAGACUUCAUUGACUGCUACCUGGAUGAGCUUGAUAAGAGAGGAGAUUAUGGUUCAUCGUUUUCUGAAGCCCAGCUUAUCAUGUACAUUUUGGACUUGCACUUUGCAGGGACUGAUACAACAUCCAACACCCUCCUCACUGCAUUCCUCUACCUCAUGAAUCACCCUGAUGUUCAGGCGAGAUGUCAGCAAGAGAUUGAUGAAGUUCUGGAAGGUAAAGAUCAGGCGUCGUAUGAAGACAGACACAAUAUGUCUUACACACAGGCUGUGAUUCAUGAAGUUCAGCGUGUGGCAAACACCGUACCACUCAGUGUGUUUCACUGCACCACCAAAGACACAGAGCUGAUGGGUUACAACAUCCCAAAGGGAACAGUAGUUAUUCCUAAUCUUGCAUCUGUACUAAAAGAAGAAGGUCAGUGGAAGUUUCCUCAUGAGUUUAAUCCAGCCAAUUUUCUCAAUGAUGAGGGCCACUUUGAAAAACCUGAAGCCUUUAUUCCCUUCUCGACAGGGCCACGUGUGUGUCUUGGUGAGGGUCUUGCUCGUAUGGAGCUCUUCCUGGUCAUUGUCACCCUGCUGCGUCGUUUUCAGUUUGUUUGGCCUGAAGAUGCCGGGGAACCAGAUUACACCCCUGUGUUUGGAGUCACGCUCACACCCAAACCCUACAGAAUGCACAUCAGACUCAGAGAACCGGUCAUAAAAUGAUUUUCCUUUUAUUUUCGGUUUCUAAAAGGAGUUAACUUACAGGCUGUGAGUCAAAGCAGGAGAAAUUAUGAUAAUGUCGGUCUUGUCUAUAUCACCAAUCCCAGGAAAUAAACUGUGUUUUUUGUAGUCCAAGCAAAGAGAUUUAAGUUGGAGAUGAUAACUUCAUCGUUUACUUUGGUGUACCUUUUGCAUAUCAUUAACAUGCUAAUACACACACAAUGAAAUGUAAAAAGUGAAUUAGACUUAAAAGGAAUAUUCCACUUUCUUAAUAAAAAAAUCCAGAUAAUUUACUCACUCCCAUGUCAUCCAAAAUGUUGUCUUUCUUAUUUCAGUCGAGAAGAAACUACGUUUUUUGAGGAAAACAUUCCAAGAUUUUUCUACAUUUAAAGACUUUAUUGGAUCAGUUUACUCUUUAAAUUCAGUUUAAAAUUGCAUUUUUAACGCAGUUUCAAAGGACUCCAAACGAUCCCAUAUGAGGCAUAAGGGUCUUAUCUAGCAAAACGAUGGUCAUUUUUGGAAAGAAUAUUUUACUUUAAACCACAACUUCUCGUUUUGCACCAGCCGUGUGAUGCACCAGCGCAACCUUAUGUGGGCCUAAUGCGUAACCACGUCAAAAGGUUACGCGUCACAAAUGUGAAACACACAUUUGCGGACCAUUUUAAAAGUACAGACAAUUUUAUUCUUCCUUGAAAAUGACAAUCAAUUCGCUAAAUAAGUACGUUUAGUGUUAAAAAUGCAAUUUUAAACUGUUUUGAAACUGUUAACUGUUGAGUUCCAAUAAAGUCAUUUAAUUUUUUUAACUUAAUUUCUUCUUGAAUGAACAAAGACACUAACAUUUUGGAUGAGUAAAUGAUCUGGAUUUUUUUAAGAAAGUGGAAUAUUCCUUUAAUAUACAGCAAAAUUUAAACAAUUAUUUUCCUGUUGACCACUGAGAAAAAUGACAGAUCUUCCAGCCUAAUCUGACCAGAAUUUGUAAUUAAGUAAGAAAGAAGGGUUAGCACCUUUAAAAAUGUCAAUUUAGGUACUUGCCGUUCACACAUGCUAAAUAUGAUCAGAUUUAAAUCGAAUAUUGUACAUUCUAUGGAAAUGUCAAUUUUUCUUUCCCUCACCUUUACAGAAUUAAGCUUGAAAACACUUUAGGGUUAAAAUUUCUUUAUAUUUUAAAAUGAAACAUUGUGUUAUUUGAACAAAUGCACCUUGUUGAACCAUCAAUAUGUUUUUUUGUCUUUUAAUUAAUUGUUUAGAAUUACAAGCACCACAGAAGUGCUUGUCCCACAGUCUCAUACAGAGGGAAAGUGCUUUAUUUUGAAGUCAAAAACAGAUUUUUCUUCAAUUUAAAUCAUCUAAUAAUGUAUACAUAACUAUUAAAUAUAUGAUAAAUAUAUAGUAAAUGGCAAAAAAGGUGAAUAAACACAAAAAAUAUAUAAUGAAAAAAGUUCAUGGAGUUGUGUCACUGGUGUUACUGUUUAACAAAAUUGUCUUAUUUUAAAAUAAAAUCACACUGUUGACAUUACUCUUGACCACCUUCUUCCCAUUUCCUAAAUGUUGAUGAAGAAAGGCUCAUGUUUAGUCCACUGUCUCUUUUCAGUUAUUAAAAAUUGUCUAAUUUAUCUCAUGAUUUGUAAAAAACUAGAAUAUAAAUCGAUUAAACUAUUCAUGUUACUGAGCAU